AUGCGAGAUCAGUUACGUCACGUAUUAGAUACAGCUCAAUACUGCGACAAACACGACGGAGAACCGCUGGCAUUCUAUUGUGAAAACGAUGACACUGUUAUAUGCAGGGAAUGUAUUGUAAAAGUCCACAGCAAACACGAUUUCAAAGAGUUAGGGGAUGUGGUGAAAGUUCAACGAGAUCUAAUACAAGAGAAGCUAAAAUGUCUUCCUACUGAGAAACUGUCUCGUUUUGAGAAGGCGGAGAAUGCCAUUGUACGAACGGAAGAGAGACUGACAGAAAAUCAGAGAAAGGUUCUUUGUUUGGUGGAUUGUCAGAAAUUGGCUAUGACAAAGGAGAUAAAGGAAAACAGCAAUACUAUAGAAAGAGAACUCGACGAUUAUUAUCAACAAGUAGAGAAAGACGUACGUCAACAGACCGACGCGUAUUUAACAAGUGUAAAACUACAUUUGAAAACGUAUCAAACAAAAGUACAGUCAGAUUACAUCGAAAUGCAGAAAGUUAUAGAUGACAAAAGCAACGAAAUGACGGCAGAAGUUAUGGCAUUCGCAUCAACGCAGGUGAAGACUUUGGAAGCUGAAAAGGACAAGCAAGAAAUGAACAAAAUUGCCAUUCAAAGCAUUCGUGAUUUCGCCCGGCAGCUAACAGACAAAGGUUCUGACAUUGAGGUCAUGACACACUCUAAAAAACUCCAAACUAGAAUUCAGGAGUUACAGACAGUAGAACCAGUCUUUGAUACCAAUAUCACCAACAUAACAUUUACACCAGGGAAAACAAAAAUGGACGUUCUGCUGCAUUUUCCUGAAAUUCCUGAACCACAGCUGUCCAUCAAAACGGGGUCUUUUACGGCUAAAACACACCGGGGUCCCUUGGAUGCAUAUUUUGGAAGUUUGAAACAAGAGAGGGCGCACUGCCCCGAGCUAAUGGUAUUUCAGAAGGUCACAUGGCUUGAAACGCCAGAGGAAAAUUAUUGUAUUGUUGUUAAGGGCUGGCCCGGGCAUAUUCAGUGCACAGAUGACGGUUGUACUUUAGUUUUACAUGCUGACCGUGGUAAUGACAGAGUAGUUGUGCUUGGUUCAGACGGAAGAUUUCUACGUAAUAUUUUGACAAAGAGUGACAACAUUGAACUUCCCAUAUCAGUCGCUGUCAACAGUAACUUGGAGCUUGUUGUUGGAAUCGCCGGAGGAAAAAUAUCCACGUAUAAGUAUAUAGCUCUGCAAUGA